AUGAACUCCGGCUCAGCAGUUAAGAACUGGGACGCCCAGGCGCGAACUAAUACGGUCCUCGCCGCAUCCAUCAAGCAGCUGCGGGACGAGGUAGUGGAGCUGCGCACACUGCUAGCAUGGAGGGACGACGUGAACGACCAGCUGCAACAGAUGGUCGAUGAAAUCGAUGCGGUGCGUUCUACCGCGACCGCGCGAGGAAAGCUCGGAAGGGGUGCGUCGUUCAGGGGCGUGGGGCAGAUGCUGCUCCGGGGCCCCUCGCUGAUGCGGCAAGCGAGCGGGAACCUGGGUCUCCAGGGCAGCAAGUCGAUCGGGCGGAACAACCAGGUCGCGCCCGGCGGCGGGGAGGGGAGGGGCGCGGCGGCUCCUGCGCAGGGCGCGUCGCGCGUGCAGAUGUACUGGAAGCCCGUGCUGUUGAUUCUCGCGCUCGUCUUCCAGGCGUGCAUGUCGGCGCCAAUAUUGUACGAGGAGUGGGAGAACGGCAGCGACGACGCCCAGCAGUGGAUGUCGUCGAUCCUCUCCGGCGCCCUCGUCCUGUCCGGCUUCUUCGGCAUCAUUGGAGUGGGGAAGGAGGGACUGCGUCUCCUCGCGGCCUUCGGUGCCUUCGAGGCGUGGAUCGUGCCACUCUCACUGAUGUAUGUCAUGGUUGCCUUUUCGGGAAUCAGCAAAGUCGACAAACUGUGCGCUCUGGACGGGGUCGGGUGUGGCGACCUGGAGUGGGGCAUCUAUCGAAGAGUCAUCUACGGCUUCGUGGUCGCCCUGAUGUCGCUCGUGCUGACGGCCUGCACCACCGCCCUGCGGGACUCACUGCUGCAUAGGAACGUCAUGGAUGCGAUGCCCUUGCGUCUCCGAAUGGCACUUCGGCACGCCGCCGCGUCUGCGCCGCAAGUCGAGGAGGGCGAGGGGCUGCAGCGGCAGGGGUCGCGGGUGGAGGCGUCGGCCGCCCAGUUGGUGAAGACGGUGUCGAUGAAGAUGGCCUCGAUGGGGAGGAGCCAGCGCAACCUGGCCGCGUCGGUGCUGAAGCGGCAACAGAGCGUCGACCCGGAGUGA